AUGAGAUACAAUAAGCAGGAAUUAGCUGCGUUGGCAUCUCAAACAGCACAGAAUUUUGACCGUGAAGGCGUAUUAGUUAUAAAGGAAAAACAGGAUGGAUUUUUUAGAAGGUCUGAAGGUUGCUCACUAAGAUGGUUUCGGCUCAGGGGCAACCUUUUAUUCUAUUUAAAAGGACCAGAACCCUGGUAUGAGCCUGUUGGAGUCAUAGUAUUGGGUCAUCAUAAAGUUAAGGAACAAAACCGGGAUGAAAAUGGACACUGGCCAUUUCAUAUAGUGUGGGAAAAUGGAAUAUGCUACAGGAUGGCAGCAUUCCAAGAAUCUGAACGAGACCUUUGGUUGAAAGCCAUACAGAAAGCCCCGUAUAAUGUUAUACAUUCUCAGUUGAUUGCUUUGAAAGAAAGACUGAACAGGAUCAGACCCAUUUUAGAUAUAUUAACUUACAGGAUACAGAAGGGCAUUAUAGCUGAUAUGACUGAAAUUCCACUAUGCGAGUUGGCCCUAUCUUGUGAUAAUCUUUUGUGUGAUUCUUAUGGUAAACCCCCUUCUCCACUUAUUGUUGUCUACGUUAAAUAUUCUAAAGAGGUGUGCAUUAAAUAUGGUACUACCGAGAUAGUUGAGACAAGCAGCAAUCCCUGUUUCUCGAAGACAAUACUUUUUCGAGCCAGUGAUGGGUUGACUGGCGAAGCCAUGAUCAGGAUAGUUGUAUACAAUGUUAAGGAAAAAGUAACUGAGACUGCUGUACCCAUGGGCUUCACCUCAUUGCAGCUUAGCACGAUACAGGAAGCCCAAAGGUUACGAGUUGCAUUGAUGACUCGUGAAAACAAAACUGUUGGGUUUGUGACCAUACACGGGUGGAGUCUGGAGCCAUCGUACAUAGGAACCAGCCCGAACCACUCUAACGAAAAGAAUUCUGUAGAUAUACCUCAAAAAGUGUUGUGCCAUCGGCGUUCCCAGUCAUUACCUCCUAGAUUGGGACUCAAAUUAAAGUAUCCUUCAUAUGGCAGUGUGUUGAAACAAAAUUUUGUGAAUAGUCAUCAAGUGACUUUUAGGUUUCAUUCGGGUCUCGGUGGCGAUAUAACUGUACACGAUAUAAUGGCAGAGCCAAAACUUUGCUUUCAAAUGCCUGUACAAUUGCUUGAUAUUUUUAUACAAAGGGAAAAAGAGCUCUUGGAGGAGCUGUUGUCUGUUGGGGAUAUUAGUGGUCAAUGGCAGACUCGGCAGUUGGAUUUGGCCAGCACACAUGUUUCUUUAUUGAAACAUUAUUGUCAUUCCAAGCGGUGUCUUCAAAUUGCUGAAAAUCCAUACUAUAAAGCCAGUAGUAAAAAGGAUGAUGCGAGCCUCGAGUUUGCUCCUGUGAAUUUACACCUGCAAAGAAUGUGGGUACAUAAUGAUACGUUAAACAAGACCGGGUUUCACGACGUGGUGACGGUGGGCGCGUUUGCCGCACACACGCACAAAACGGAUAGAACUGGUGGACUGAUUAGGUUAGUACAACAAGUAAAAGAUAUAAAUAGCACAAAAGCGGCGUUGAACUCUGCAACUGCGAACAAAAUACAAGCGGAGUACGACAACGUGAUAGCGCUCCGCAGACUAUGUGAUGAAGCUGGCACGGAUAUGGACAGAAUUCUUGUGCUUCUGCAGGCGAAGCAGAAUGCAGAAAUUGUUACAGUUACUGAAGAUAUUAAGUGUAAGAUAAAAAGCAUUCUUGCUUUAUGGGAGCCGGGUGUAGUAGAAGAGAUGUUAGCAAAUAUUGGAUGGCCGAAGAAUACUUGCACUGAUGAUUCCGAGAAUCAGACGGUGUCUACAAUUUUGCGUCUUACGGAACAGUUGUGUUUGUUCGAUGCGGGAAAUUCUGAUUGCGACACGUAUAACGCAUCAUCCAGUUCCAGUUCCAAAGAGACUUCACCAACUGGUGAUGUGCCAGCAUUAUCAACAAGCGUACCCGACAUUUGUCCAGGCACUUCUAAAACUUGCAAGGAUUCCUUCAAAGAUAUUAUAGAAGAGACAGAAUUACAGUUCCACAACGACUAUUUUGAUAGUGAAGAACGGCUUAAGUUUAAUCAUUCAUUCAGAUCUGUUCGUUCACCGAUUAAAACGAAAUUGAAUGAUUCCCCUUUAUCUUUUACUUCAAAGAAGACUCGUUACGGUAGUUUGAGAAGUGACUUCAAAAACUCAACGCCGUUUGAACAAAUUUCUUAUAAAAGUCUAAUGGACACUUUAAGUGGGAAUGACAAGAAAAAGAAUACGGAGGUGAAAUCAGAAGGGAAAUCGUUGCCCAGUAUUGGCUUAUUAGAUUCGAGUGCAAGGGAAUGUAAUCUGUCUUACUUAAAGAGUCUUGGAACUAACAUAGAGGUUUCAUUUGCUAAAUUUGUUGAGGCCACUUCAAAGACUGCAGAAAAAAAUUCAGAAGCUACAGAAGAGGAGAUGGACAAUUUGAGAUCUUUAGUGUGUGGCUUAAAGCACGAGGCGGACACGUUAGUCCGUUGGGCGCGCAUUUCUCACGCAGCUUUACGCGUACGUUGCGAAGCGCCUCUGUGGACACGAGAGCACGCUGCUUUACAAACUCGGCGUGAUACUUGCUUCUCACAAGCGUUAACAACAGUUACAGCCGGACUACUAUGUUGGUUUAAUUCUGUACCUGGCGAUGUAAUAGUGAAGCUUUUAAGCUCAGAUCUGGGCCCUCUUUGUGGAUUUGAGGGUUUACUCAGCCUUUAUUCCACGGAGAAAGCUAUGUGGGGUGACAUGGUGGUGGCUGUUGAAGAUUUACAAACUGUACUAUUUACGUUGACCAAAGUCGGCCAUAGUAAUAGUGUUAUACCGCAAGUCAGUGGAACUAGAAGUGCUCUCACUGUCAACAUUCCAAUUUCGGAUUCGCUCUAUUCAAAAUUCACGUGCAAGGAAUACUUAUCAUUUACAAUUACUGCCGUUUUCUUUAAUAUCGGCAUAAACGAGAAGGCUACUCUAGCCGAGGCGUUGGGCGAAACCACGCCCCAGUAUCAAUCCAACAGCGAUAACUUGGAUAGAUUAAACAAAUACUAUCACAAAUACAAUAAAGUGUUUCCAGCCGAUCACAUGGCUGCGAAUAGAGCAUCAUCGAGAACGAAACCGUUGGAAGAAGUGAUGGAGAAUUUACGCAUAGUUGUACACAAGAAAGUGCCAAAAAAUAUAGAAGUAUUACAUUUGGCUUCCCUAGCAACGAGACUUAUGAAUGGUGUUAGAUUCACAUCGUGCAAAAGUGCUAAAGAUAGAACUGGGAUGUCAGUUACGCUGGAGCAAUGUUCCAUACUAGCUUCGGAGUAUCACUUGGCCGAGCAUGAAUUCAAAAAAGCACUUAACAUUAUGAGAAGCGAGGGUUGUCGUCGCGAAAAUACCUAUAAGAAUAUUGGCAUAAGGAAAUAUGCAUUUACGAAGAAACAAGCGAUGGCACUCCCUGAGGAGUACAGGCCCCCAGCGGGGACUUAUGGUUCUUCACAGACUUAA